AUGCCCGGCGUCCUCUUCGCGCACGCGCUGUUCUGGACGGGCGUGCAUGUUGUGGGUUUGGGGCUCGUGUUGAGGGCGCAGAGCCGGUCCAAAUUCCUCACGCGCCACUUCCUCACGCACUACCACUACCCGCAGCGCGACGCGGCGGGCGGCGCGGUCCGCGAGGCGUUCGGGAGCUGGAAGGCGGGCUACAACGCGUGUUUGUGCAUGACGUUCGUAUCGGCCGGCGCACUGACGUACGCGACGUACGCCGUGCCCGACUCGUGGACGUCGGGCGACGCGCUGCUGAGGCAUCUGCUGGGCGCGGCGCUUGUCGCGUUGCAUGCGUGGGUGAGCAGAGAGACGUACGACGUCCUCGGCCCCUUCGGCUGGUUCUACGGCGACUUCUUCCUCGACGGCUGGGCGCGCGAGCUGGACUAUUCGGGGAUCUACCGAUACCUCAACAACCCCGAGAUCCUCUCGGGCGCGGCCUUCUUCGGCCUCGCGCUCGUCUCCGGCUCCAAGCUCGUGUUCGCGCUCGCGGGCGUCAGGACCGCGGCGUAUUGGUGGUUCUUGCGUCCACAUAUGAAGAAACUCUACGGCGAACAGCUCAGGCGCGAAGCCGGGUUCCAGAAGGUCGUCGGCCAAGCAGCCCUCGCGCGCGCCGUGACGCGCUCCCGGCUCGUGCGCACGCUCGACCGCGCGUUCGACGAGGCGGGCGAGGCGAUCGAGGAGUUUAUCGAUCGUGCGCGCCCCAAACUCGAAGAAGUCGUCCAAGACACCCGCACGCUCUUCCAGUCCGGCCGCGAGCGGCUCGUGAUCGCGCGCACGGCGAGCCCGAGCACGUUGCCCACGACCGAGCGGUAUCGCAUCCAGGCGGACAAGAAGCGGUACCACAUCGGCGAGCCGAUCGAGGUGAAGUGGGACGCGCCUAUGGGACAUAGUCGCAAAGAUUGGGUCGGGAUAUACCGUGUCGGCGCGAACGCCUCGACGCUCAUAACGCGCACGAGCUCGCUCGGCUGCUGGGUGCCCGUGCACGGCGCCGAGUGGGACGGCGACGUCCCGAUCGAGCCCAAGCGCGAGCGCGAAAGGACGGGCAGCGGGAAAGUCGUGUUUAGCGGCGGGACGUUGCCGUGGAGUGUGGGGGUAUAUGAGAUCCGGUACCACCACGACGGCAAAUACAACGUCCUCGCACACGACGGGCCCCUCGAGAUCUACGCCGCGCGCCCCGCGACGCGCGACUUUGCCAGCGUGCGCGGCGCCCUCGCGCGCGUCGUGCCGCUGUGCCUCGACCAAGAUCCCCGACUUGUACCCUUAUCCACACUUCCCGACUCCGCCCGCGCCCGCGCUCGUUCCCCUCUCAGCCAAGCCUCCGACAACUCAGGCGAAACGGAUGACGGCAAAGAACAAGGAGAGGUUGAGGGAGAAGGGGAAGGGGAGGCAGAGGCAGACGAAGGGCGCGACCCGGACGACUUCCGGUUCUGGGACAAGGCGCAGGCCGUGCGGAUAAGCAAGGCCGCGGCGGCCAUGUUCGGGCUCGAGCUCGCGCCUGCUGUGAUCAUGGCGGAUGCGAACCUCAGCGCGCUGGCGCAGAGGAUUGUCGCGGGGUUGAAUGUGUUGAAUGAUGGGGUUGAGGAGGAGUAG